AUGACAGGAAAGACGCUUUAUGAUAAAGUAUUCGAGGACCAUGUCGUCCUUAAAGACCUGUCAUACUUGCUUUUUAUUGACAGGCAUCUAAUCCACGAAGUAACAUCUCCACAAGCUUUUGAAAGUAUGCAGACAGCAGGUAGGGCUGUGCGUCGUCCUGAUUGUACUCUUGCCACUGUUGACCACAAUAUCCCCACCGUUUCCAGAAAAAACUUCAAAAACGUGGACACUUUUAUCAAACAGGAAGAUUCGAGAUUGCAGGUGAAAACUUUGGAGAAAAAUGUGAAAACUUUUGGAGUGCCGUACUUUGGCAUGAGUGAUGAAAGACAGGGAAUAGUACACGUAGUGGGACCCGAACAAGGGUUCACGCUUCCAGGAACUACUGUUGUUUGCGGAGACUCACACACUUCUACACACGGAGCUUUUGGUGCAUUGGCCUUUGGUAUUGGUACCUCGGAAGUUGAGCAUGUUUUGGCAACUCAAACUAUUAUACAAACAAAAUCCAAAAAUAUGAGAAUCUUUGUAGACGGAUCAUUGAAUGAAGGUAUCACAUCAAAGGAUUUGGUUUUGCACGUUAUUGGAGUAAUUGGUACCGCGGGAGGAACUGGUUGUGUCAUUGAGUUUGCUGGUAAAGCCAUUGAAGAUUUGUCAAUGGAAUCAAGAAUGUCGAUAUGUAAUAUGGCUAUUGAGGCUGGUGCUCGUGCCGGAAUGAUAAAACCUGACCAAACUACUUUUGACUAUAUCAAAGGAAGACCAUUGGCUCCGAAAGGCGAAGAGUGGGAUAAAGCAAUGAGCUACUGGAAAACCUUGUAUUCGGACCCAGAUGCCAAAUUCGAUUAUGAUAUCAAGAUUUCCGCAAAGGAUAUCGCUCCAACAAUCACUUGGGGAAAUUCUCCACAAGACGCCUUACCCAUCAGUGCAAAAGUUCCUGACCCGGAAAAUGUUACCGACCCUAUCAAAAAGGAGGGAAUGUUGCGGGCGUUGAAAUACCAAGGGUUGACUCCAAACACAGCUUUGAAAGAUAUAAAAAUUGACAAGGCAUUUAUUGGUUCUUGUACCAAUUCAAGAAUAGAGGAUUUGAGGGCAGCUGCUAAAGUUGCAAAGGGACACAAAAGGGCCGAUAAUGUAAAGCAAGUUUUGGUGGUUCCAGGAUCGGGUCUUAUAAAAGCCCAAGCUGAGAAGGAAGGACUAGACAAAAUUUUUCAGGCUGCUGGUUUUGAAUGGAGAGAAGCUGGUUGCUCGAUGUGUCUUGGAAUGAACCCUGACAUUUUGGAUCCUGAAGAAAGAUGCGCUUCAACUUCUAAUAGGAAUUUUGAAGGGCGUCAAGGUGCCAAAUCGAGAACACACUUGAUGUCUCCGGCCAUGGCAGCAGCAGCAGCUAUCAAAGGCCAUUUUACCGAUAUCAGAGAGUUUGACUAUAUUGGUGGACAGGAUGAGCCCAAUGUACCUAUAAGUGAAGAGGAAGACAAAGAAUUGCAAGAUGCGGUUUAUGAGCAUGAAAAAGAGCCAGUAGAUGAUGACAAUGUUUCACUUGAAGAGGAAAGAAUAGAUGACAUACCCGAGUCAACCGGAGGUUUUGGUUUAGAAAAAUUUAAUAAAUUCACCGGUAUUGCAGCACCAUUGCACAAGGCGAACGUUGAUACAGAUGCAAUUAUACCUAAACAAUUUUUGAAAACCAUAAAAAGAACUGGUUUGAAGGAUGGUUUGUUUUACGAGGCAAGGUUCAUUAAGGUUAAUGGGAAGGAUGUUGAGACAGAUUUCAUUCUUAAUCAAGAGCCAUAUAGAAAAGCCGAGAUUCUUGUUGUUACUGGUGACAACUUUGGAUGUGGUUCUUCUAGAGAACAUGCUCCCUGGGCCUUGAAAGAUUUUGGUAUAAAGUCUAUCAUUGCACCAUCAUUUGGUGAUAUUUUCUACAACAACUCAUUUAAGAACUUUUUGCUUCCAAUAAGAUUACCGCAAGAGGUAAUUGAAUCUAAACUUAUUCCAGUUCUUGAACACAAGUUGACAAUCGAUUUGCCUAACCAGCAGAUAAGGGAUGGUGAGACAGAUGAAGUUUUGGUGGACCAUUUCGAAAUAGAGGAAUUCAGGAAGCAUUGUUUGGUCAAUGGUUUAGAUGAUAUUGGAUUAACUUUGCAAAAGGAGAAGUAUAUUGCCGAGUAUGAGCGCAAAAGAAAAGACAAAUUUUCAUUUCUUGAAGGAGGAUCAAAGUUGAUCAAACCUAUUAAGGGCACAAAAAAGAGUAAGUUUGGUCUUAAUACUCCAGAGUGGUAA